AUGGCUUUACCUUUUCUGCCCGGGAAUUCUCCCGAUAAACAACUGAGGAAGGGGACAUUUCACAAAUCCCAGCAUUUUGACUAUUCAAAUGGAGUUCCUAUGUUAGUGGGAUCUGCGAAGCCAGGCAUUGGAGGAGAGCUGUUAGUUGGCCAGAAGAUUAAACCCAAAUAUUCUGUUUACCCCAAGGGAGAGGGCAGUCAUUUCCCAUCAUGGGUGGCCUUUGACAAACAGGCGCUGUGUUUUGAAGCAUACUUUCAGGAAGCUGUGCAUGAGGCACAAGAUGAGACCUACAGAAUCAGGAAGUGUAAGAUCUACUUCUACCUGGAAGAUGACACCAUGCAAGUGGUGGAGCCAGAGUACAAGAACAGUGGCAUCCCUCAAGGAACACUUAUUCGUCGCCAACGUAUCCCACUGCCUCCCCCAAAUGACGACCAGUUCUACAAUGUUUUCCAUUUCAACAUCAACCAACAGAUGGUGCUGCACUCACGCACAUUCACGUUGACCAACUGUGACUCUUUCACAAGGAAUUUUCUCACUAAAUGUGGGGUACACCUAAAUGACUGUGCCCCCGUGCCUGAUGACCCCUACAGCAACCUUCGGGAACAGAUUGAGAAAAGUAUGCAGCCACUUCGGCCAUACGAGAGGCACGACACACUGAAGCAGUUCCUUGACCAUGAUCGCAAAGUCCUGUGUUUCUACUGUUUCUGGGACGACACACAGAGCAUGUUCGGGGACCUCCGGGAGCUCAUCCUUCACUACUUCCUGGCUGAUGACACCAUAGAAAUUCUGGAGGUUAUCACACCAAACUCCGGGAGAGAUAGCGUGUCCAAAUUCCUAUGUCGCAGCAAACUACCUAAAUAUGCUCCAGCCCAGAUGAAGCAGCCUGGAGAGGUCACAGACCGCACAGUGCUCAAUGUGUUUCCCUCCAGGAAUCAGGGAAAAUGCUACAUACUGGACAGCCUCAAAACAGGAGCUGUCCAUGAGGAGUUUUAUAAGGACUGUGAUCUGACUGUGGGUGGGGAGGUGAACGUGUGGGGCAGGAGAGUGAUCAUCGCUGACUGUGAUGACUUCACCAAAGACUACUACCGCUCCAGAUACGGCAUAAAGAAUUUCACCCCAGUAAUGUACAAAGCUCCACCAGCCCCUAAGCCCUUGAGGCCUGUGCCCCCCUACAAUGGCUUUGGCUCAGAGGAGGAUUCACUAAGCUCCUGCCUGGGCCUGCUGCCCAAGCCCCCGCAGAAAGAUUUCUGCAAAUUUAUGGAGAAAGACAGAUGUGGCCUAGACAGUAAUGUGCUGAAAUUCCAUGCCAAGAUGGUGACCACCGAUCAAGUUGACAGAGACAGGAUAUUCAUCAUCUCUUUUUACCUCUGUGAUGACUCCAUCAGUGUGUUUGAACGUCCUCAGAGGAACUCAGGUGUGCUUGGUGGUAAGUUUCUGGCGCGUGGUCGUGUAAAGAAGCCAGGCCAGGAGCUGUUUAAGAGCGAGCUGUCAGAGCACUUCACAGCUCACGAUCUGUACAUUGGAGCUACCCUGUGCCUCCACAAAAACCACUUCCAACUUCUAGAUACUGAUGAAUAUACCUUCAACUACAUGGAGCAACAUUCUGAGGAGUUCCCCAAAGCCAACGUGGGAAACAUCAUCAGCAAACUACGUUCCAUUCCUGAGGAGAAACAGAGUGAGAUCAGGAAGUUUCUGGCUCUCAAUGACCCCAACACUGGCUUCAUCCCCUAUGAGUCGUUCAGGGGCCUGCUGAUGGGCCUGGACUGCGGCCUGUCGGAUCAUGAGGUACUGGUGCUGGCUCGAUGUUUCUCAGAGCGUGAGCAGCCUGCGGUGGAUGUGCGCCUGAUGCUGGCUGUGGCACAGGACUUCCUCAAGAAGAAGCACUUUGAAGAGCUACCCGAAAUGGCCAGAGCCUUCACACACCAGGACCGACAAAAAACCGGCCAUCUCUCCACCGCAGAGACAAGGACCAUCUGUAAGGCCUUCCAGCUUCCUUUGCCUGAGAACCUGCUGGCAGGACUGCUCAGCAAGUUUGCAGAUGGGGACCAGAUUGACUACUCUGCCUUCCUGGCUGGCAUUAACUGGGCAGAGCACCGUACUCCCCCAGUCAUGCCUGAAGACACCUUAAGGUUUGAUGUGAAUGCAAGGUUUGGUGCCAGUGGGGUUACUGUGAAAAACGUCAACUAUUCUGCCUUUCUGGGGGAUGUAUUCAGCAUUCCCUUCAACAAGAGUGACCCAACAACUGCCACCUCAACAUAG